AUGCACAAGGAACCAAAUCGUGGCAAUCGACAGGCAGUCCGAGUCUCCCCAAGCUCAGGAGCCGGCCGGAGCUGGCAAGGCGACGGCAGCGGGACCAGCCACUCUGGCACUAAAACAGCACUUUCUCUACUCGCCGCGCGUUUGGGGGGGGGGGGGGCGGCGGUAAGAGGGCACCGAUCUCCGGGGCCGGAACACCCAGAUCCCAACUCUCCAGAUGAACUGUUCCCGGUCACCGACGCACUCGAAACGUUCAAUCAAUCCACCGAGGGCUGGCUGCUCGUACCUUCCUCUCCUGCCCCGACUCCCCAGGCCCCACCUCCCCGGCAGCCGAGCCCCGGCGGGGGCUCCACGUACUUUCGCCGAGAUGAAGUUUGGGGCUCCCCGGGCGGCCACGAGCCGCCCGCCGGCGUGAGGGCUCUGUUGUUGUUUUCCUCGGGCUGCUGCUGCCCGCGCCCCGGCUCCCGUGCCCCUCGCGGGCGGCGCUGCCUGUGUUGCCGAGAGGUGCUGGUUGCAAACGCAGCCUGGCACCGGCUGGCCUACUACUCCCCAGCCCGGCCCCCAGCCUCCCGCCCGCAGGGUACUGCCUCCGCGCCCCCCGCCCGCCGCCGGCGCGGCCGCCGCGACCCUCGCCCCCGACCUCUCCCGACCCAAAGUUUUGGCGGAGGGGGAAAGUGCCCGGGGAGCGGGCCGGCUGGCGGCGGCUCCGGACGCGCGGGGUCCCCUCCGUCUUCCUCAAGUCCAGCCUACCGGCUGCCGCCGCCGCCGCUGCUCCUGCCGCGGAGUCCUUGGGGCUGCAGCCCAGCGGCUCGCAAGUGA